AUGGAGACCCUCAGUGCAUCCGUCGAAACUUGCUGCGAAGCCAUGGACCCUGGCGAGCAAGCUUUGGUGGUGCGCAGCGCCGGUUUUUCAGAUGGAAACAAGGCCGAGUUCUGGCUGAAUGGUCAACGGCUGUAUGAAACUCGUAAGCGUGGGCUUACGGUCGUAGACCUGUGGCCUAACAUGACAGUGAAGCACAUUGAGACCUUCGAUACUCAUGCGGAUUCCCUGCCCAUGGCUGCAUACUUGAACUCAACUGCCAAAGGCAACGUGAUCCUGGUCGGAGCGGCGGACGAUGCUUCCGCGGGCAUGGGUUGGGAGGCAGCGAACCAACUUCGCGAUUUGGGUGCCACGUUUCCCCGCCCGAUUUGCUUCCGGUGCUCCUACACUCUCAUUGGCGUGAAAGGUGGAAGCAAACUCGCAGAGGUUGGGACGGCACCAGGAAAGGGGAAAGCUGUGUCUGUCAGCGUGCUCGUGCCGGAGCUACUCAGGUUCCUGCCAGUUGAUGGAGGCGUGAACCGUGCCUGCCGGGGGCAGUCUGCCGGCGACAACAGCGGCGACCACUACGUUGUGGUCGAUGGCAUCGAAACCCUUCAGGCCUGCAAGAUGGAGUGCAUCGCGCGAGAGGCAUGUGUUGGUAUCGAGCACCGCGGAAGCCGUUGUGAAGUCUGGACGCGGCCAGGGGGUGUCCAGGCCUCCAUUUACCUGUACGGCUACACGUGCCUCAGCUACACCCCACCUCUUGCAACGACAACGACGACGAUGGCCUCGACCGCAACGACCAGUACAAGGGCCAUCGCGACACGUUUCGCGGCUGUGGACGGCGGGGUCAAUCGAGCAUGCCGUGGAGCAUCAUCUUCCGACAAUGCUGCGUCCCACUACACAGUCAUCCCAGGCAUCCAGGAUCUUGGCGAUUGCCAAACCGAGUGCAUUCAGGUCGUUGGCUGCGUGGGGAUCGAGUUCAGCAGUGGGAGAUGUGAAGUGUGGAUCCGUCCUGAUGGGAUCCGGGCCUCGAUUGCAUUGAAUGGCUUCACAUGCCUGAGCUACAUUCCACCUCAAGCAACGACAACGAUGGCCUCGACCGCAACGACCAGUACCAGGAGCAUCAUUCUGGGACAAGAGUCUGGGAUGUAG